UGCAACAAUUUCAAAUAAAAAAAAACUUCACCUACUCUUGUUUCCAUGGUGAUUUAUAACGUAAACACUUAAUUAAUACUUCUAUGAAUUUCAGAUAGGCAAAGACAUGGAGCUCGUAUCCAUGUGGAUGGCAAUGUACGACGAAGUACCGACGGAGCUCACCGAAGAGGAGAAACGUGAAUGGAUCGGCAAAUUGUGUCUCUGGCUUCCGACGCCUUCUUCCCAUUCAGAGACAACAUCGACAGGGCUCGAUUGAGUGGAGUUUCGUACAUCGGAAGCCCACAAGGCUCAAACAACGAUCGUCAUCGCUCACACCACGCUAAGGCUGUUCCAUCAUUAACAUCAAUCCAAUAACUGGUGAAAGGGAGACGGAACUAUUCGAAUCAGGAUUCAUUGCAGUAGCCUUUGCUAAAGGAUUAGUAUGCAAUGAUAUUGUUCGAUUUGUACAUAUGUGGAUUUAAGUUUCAGAAAAACGAAAGACGUUCUUUCUUCUUUUACGAAUAUCACAAACAUUUGACAAAUGUCAAAU